ACAAGCACUACCUCGAAGAAAAACCUGCGUUGUGUCUUGUUUUGUUCUCUGAGUCUUGUCUCACUUUUUCUUUUAAAAACAGUUUUUUUUUUUUUUCCUUCUGUGUUUUUUUGUUCGUGUGAGUUUCAUUUCUUGCACUGCGAGAAAGAAAAAAACCCUAAUCCAAACGACAUCGUUUUCAAUCUCUGUUGAAUUGAGUGUGACGACGAAACCCUUAACCAUAACCCAUUGAAUCGAAUUGAACAAUGGAAGGUCGAAGUCGCACCGUUGAGCAAAUUUUUGAUGAUUUCAAGAGCCGAAGAACUGGAAUCAUCAAAGCCCUAACCGUCGAUGUUGAAGAUUUCUACCGACAAUGUGAUCCUGAAAAGGAGAAUUUGUGCUUGUAUGGAUUGCUUAAUGAGAAUUGGGAAGUGAAUUUACCUGUUGAAGAAGUUCCUCCAGAGAUUCCUGAACCUGUGCUGGGUAUCAACUUUGCCAGGGAUGGAAUGCAAGAGAAAGACUGGUUAGCCUUAGUUGCUGUUCACAGUGAUACAUGGUUACUUUCCCUUGCAUUCUACUUUGGAGCCAGAUUUGGAUUUGAUAAAGCUGACAGGAAACGUCUAUUCAAUUUGAUCAAUGAACUGCCAACAGUAUUUGAAGUUGUUACUGGUGCUGCAAAGAAACAAGUCAAAGAGAAGUCUUCAGUCUCAAACAACAGUGGCAGCAAAUCUAAGUCCAGUUCUAAAGCGCGAGCUCCUGAGGCUCAGAGCAGACAACCAAAAGCGGCAUUACUGCCAAAAGAUGAGGAGGAGGAACUGGAAGAGCAGGAUGAUGAUGAACAGGGAGAAGCCACUUGCGGGGCUUGUGGUGAUAGUAAUGGAGCUGAUGAGUUCUGGAUUUGCUGCGACAUCUGCGAGAAGUGGUUCCAUGGAAAAUGUGUGAAGAUCACUCCUGCUCGUGCCGAGCAUAUCAAGCAAUACAAGUGCCCAUCAUGCAGCAGUAACAAGAGAGCUCGCUAGUAAAAUUUCAAUCACAUACAAAACUUUGUUGGGAGUCUUCACUGAUCCAGUUAAUAUGCUUUUCUUUCUAGACGCAUUGGUGGAUAGUUUUUAUGAAGUUUGAGACAUAGGUUUCGUUUUUAUGCUUUCUUUAUGUGUAUUUAUCAAUAGUUGAAACAUUGUUGACUGGGAAAAGCCCAAGUCUUUUCUCUAGUCCUGGCCACCUUAAUGUUAUGGAAAUUAAUGUUAAACGACAUUUGCACCAAAUGAAGGAAUAACAUUUUGCUA